UACCGCAGAUCACUCGUGCCCUACCGUAAUCGGGGCUGUGUUACUCGGCCCGUGGGAUACUCUCUUGUGCUAUUUUGAGUGUUAUAUCCACAUACCGUACAAUAACGGUGUUCUCUAUCAUCUCACAGGGAGUCUAUCCUACUUCUAUAAUCACGAAUCCAGGUGAAAUCUGAAACCAUCUAGAUUCUGGUACUCGGCACAAUGGCAGAGAUAUCGAUAUCGCAGACAACGGUUUCUACCGUAUUUACUACAGGGACCUCUUAUGAAGCAGUCGAUGUAUGGACUAAGGCCCCAGGACAGACUACCUUUGGCUUUUCGACGGAACUUUGGAACGCCUUCGCUACCACUUCUACUACCACUUCUACUACUUCAUCCUCAACUACGUCUUCUAUAUCCACAACGGAUAGUUCGAGUACGUCUUCGAGCCGAGUAUCACCGUCGCUUAUAAAUGCUACCCCAAAUGCUACCCAGUCGGUCGAGUCAGAUGGCAACUCAGGUCUCUCCAGUGGAGCCGUCGCUGGGAUUGCUAUCGCGUGCGCUGUCGCGGGGUUGAUAAUGGGAGCUAUAUCGGGGAUUUUCUUAUUCCGACGGCGACGGCGGCAAAGGCCGGGUGAUAGGCCACGCGGAGGUGAAUACGAUAGCCAGGAGAAGCCUUUGCAGAGUCCUAUAUCAACAGAUAGACUGCAGCUGGACCAAUUUCUCUUAGAUCCAACCCCGGAUGCUGAAAUACGCACGGAGCUUCGUUCGUUGAGCCAACUGCUGCAGCAACAUGUCGAGAAUAAUUACCAUAGCCUCCCGGUUUCGCGUAAUGUAGAUGUCCUAUCUGCGGAGCUAGUUCGUCUAGGAGUAGGCCAGAGUGAUCCUUUACUGGCCGAUAGACUUGCUUCUUUAGCCCUAAGCCCGAUGAGUCGAUACAGUGCUAUUCAGCACAUCAUUUCCAGAGUUGCAUUUGCCAGCGUCACCCUUGACGGGACUUCACCUUUAUCUCUACUCCCACAACCGGUGUCUUCGUUCGCCUCUUCGAUACCGGCUGCGGAGAGCUUUAGAGGAAAUCCAGAAGCCGUCGAUGCUGCAUUCACUCGAUGGCGACAGUUAUCUGCCUUCUUGCUUCAUCCAAGCAGGAGUGAUAGGACACCAUUAGUCCCAUCUGAAGAUGUUAGCACUCGCCAAGCGCAACGGCUUGCUGAGGCCCUGAAUGUCUUCCUCGAGCCUUUCGUGGCGGGUGAUCGCGAUGACAGAUACGAACAGGAGAACCACUUGCGGGAAGUAAUCGUAGAAUGCGCUACGUUUGGUUAUCUGUUAUUAUCUCAGCCCUCAGAGUAUCGAUUCCGUUUCGAAGAUGACAUGGACCCGAAUCACAUAAUCGUUUUCCCGGGGUUAGAUAGGAUUAGUGAUGAGGACGGCCAUAGACAUCCCUCGAUGGCUCAACCGAUCGUCGCGCCUGUGGUUGAAAGCUUUUAAACGAAGACUUACUAAAUCUAAUGCAUUCAGGGAUGAGGAGGUACUAAUGAAGUAGGCAGGCCUUGGGUUAUUAUUAUCCGUUCGGUUGUAUAUAGUCCAUCUGAGAGUAGUCUCGGUCAUGUGUAUAUAAAAUAGAAGUGCACGUCUAACCUAGGAACUGUACCG